AGGAAGCUGGGAAAGGAUCAAGGAAACCUCUAGCAUCGUAGAUAAACACCGUAAAGAGGUGUGAAGCCAGCGGGCACACGGCUGUCACAGUACUAAAAGAACAGUAAAAGAGUCCGACUGAGUCCUCCAUACAGCGAGGGUCAACAUGUCUGAGACAUACGACUUCCUGUUUAAGUUCCUGGUGAUUGGCAGUGCUGGGACGGGGAAAUCCUGUCUCCUCCACCAGUUCAUUGAGAACAAGUUUAAACAGGACUCCAACCACACCAUCGGUGUGGAGUUUGGGUCUAGAGUGGUCAACGUUGGAGGAAAGACAGUCAAACUGCAGAUCUGGGAUACUGCUGGGCAGGAGCGAUUUCGCUCUGUUACACGCAGCUACUACAGAGGAGCAGCUGGAGCACUUCUUGUCUACGAUAUUACCAGUCGAGAGACAUACAAUGCCCUGACUAACUGGCUGACAGAUGCACGGACACUGGCGAGUCCCAACAUUGUUAUUAUCCUAUGUGGCAACAAGAAAGACCUGGAUGCAGACAGAGAGGUGACCUUCCUUGAAGCUUCACGCUUCGCUCAGGAGAAUGAGCUGAUGUUUCUAGAGACAAGCGCGCUAACAGGUGAAAAUGUCGAGGAGGGUUUCUUGAAGUGCGCUCGCACCAUUCUCAACAAGAUAGAUUCAGGCGAGUUGGACCCAGAGAGGAUGGGUUCAGGUAUUCAGUAUGGAGAUGCUUCGUUGAGGCAGCUGCGACAGCCCAGAGGCACCACAACACAGAAUAAGCAGCAGUGUAAUUGCUAGGGGUCGGGACCCACCCUCACCCCAGCCCACAGGUCCACACAGACAGAACUCCCCCUACAGGUGUUUUUUGGUGUGUGAUCGUCCUUCCCCCUCUCCUUCAGUUCCACACACCUUGGAUCACCUUGGGUCGUGGAGAUCACUGCAACCUAUGACCCUUGACCUCUGGUAAGAGUCUCUACGGCUUACCUGAGUGGGUCGGUUUUGCCCUUGCGUUUGGACAGCAUAACCCCUUGGUGUGAGCAAAGUGGAAAUGUAAAGAGACAUCCUCCACCAUGGUCUCUGUUACUUACCAGACAAGGACAAAGUCAAGGGUUGUGUGUUUGGGCUGCCCUACUGUUGUGUGUUGUUCUCUUUUGUUUUUUUUGUUUGUUUUUUUUUUGUUUUUUUUGUUUUUUUUUCCUCUCUUGCUCUUUGCUUUUUCAUUCUGGUUUUAGCAAUCCCAGAAAUACUUUCAGCGUAAACAUAUCAUUGCUUGUAAAUUAUUAUUGUUAAACUCUUUUGUGCAUUCAACCUGUCCCUGUGUGGGUCAUUAGUUGUGUUUUUUUUUCUUCCUAGUUUUAGCAUUCAUAAAGACAUCCCUUACUGUUUUUUUUUUUUUUUUUUGUUUUGUUUUUUUUUUUUUUUUAAAUCAUGCAUCAUUAACUAUACUUCUCAUAAAUUAUCAGUAAUGGAAAACAAAUGAUAAACAUCACAUAUUUUGGGGUACAAUUUACACUAGGUGUGAUGCAAAUCCUUUCAACUUUGUCCUGUUAUUUUAAUUUUUUGUAAUACUACUUAUUUAAAGUGAAUGUUGAAUCUUGGCUGACCUUGAGUUUUCAAGCCAGUAUAGUGUUUGAGUCCUAAAUUAAAAACUUUUGGGUUGCACUGUAGAGUGUUGGCCUUUGUAGUAGACCAGAUGGGGGAAUGAUCCUAUCACUUUGUUCUACACCCAAAUAGGCAAGCCUGUGGGUCAGGUUGAAAGCACAAAAAGAACUUUUGGUCUUUAUUUAAACCAAAAGUCCACCAGUCUGUAAAUUGAGCUUUAUCAGAUUCACACCAUGUUUAAAUUCACAUGUCCAGUUAUAGUGAUAAAUUGGCAUUAUAAUGUUUUUGACUCCUGCUGGGCUUUUCUCCAUGACAUCUCUUAGAUUCAUACAUGCACAUACUGUAUAAGACGUCACAGGAAACCACAGUUGGCUUUUGCUUGUUUUCUUUGGGAAACUUUGGUGCCGCCCAACCAGCCCCGUCAUUGAGGUUUGACCUCAAAAAUCAUGCCAGGUUUUACGUUCACUUUUACAGGAUUCUGUUUUUAACCUUCCAAGUAAUCACUUCUCUUUAAGCUCUGGAUAUCAGAGGGGGGAAAAAGACAACACAGUUAUUAUUAGACCGUGUACUCCCAAAUCAUCUUCAUUGUGAUCUGGCAUUGAUUGUACAAGUGGAGCUGUAUUGGACGGAUAGAUACUUCCUCAUUUAACAUCUUAACAUGCUAGUCAAAAUCUUCCAUAUGUGCUCGUUUGAGCUGUAGUAUAUGAUUUGUAUUAUUUUAUUUUUUUUAUAGUCGGAACAAUAAUCCCAGGUGCUCUAUUGAUAGGGCCAUUCUCACCCUAGAAGACACCACCCCCAUCAAUUUUCUGCCUAAGAUGAAGUUGUGUUUUUUUUGUUUGUUUUUUUUUGUUUUGUUUUUUUUGACUAUCGGUGACCCUGACCUUCUAAAAGGAAAAGUGGAACUGAUCCAUGCCAGCAAAGUGGCCCUCUCAGUAUAACUGAGACACCACAUCUCCUCAAUGUAUGGGUCAAAUUCCAGGUUUUUCCCUUUAAUAUCUCCCUCUGCAGCUCUGCUGCAAAAUGUCAGUUUUGUUGCACCACUGAACUGACCCAGAUGUUUUCUCUUUAGAACAGACCUUGUAUUACUCUAGAGAGAAACAGGGGAAUUUCCACAGAAACACAGUUUCCUCUCUGCUUGUAACACUGACAACAUGGUUUGUGGUGCUGCUGGAGGAAAAUGAGGUUGCAAGUUAAUGGCUUAGAAAAUCCAAAGCCCCUGCUCUGCUGUUUAAUCAAAGGCACCGCUUCUGUCUGAAUCACUGUCUGAGAGCAGGUCAUACAAACCAAGCCAAGAGGAGCUCAAAAACAAAGUGUGUGCAAACGUAUUUCUCAAGCUUCUGUGUUGGCAUAUGUUCUCCCAGACAAACCAUAUGUGUUUAAGCUCAACUGAGCCAGCACACUGAAAGGGCAAACAUGAGAUCAUAUAGGACAUCAAGAGACAGAUGGUCAAAACGCGUCGCUUUCAUAAAAUAUUUGCAUAGCAUGAUAGUUUGUCUCCUUCUGCAAGUGCACUUUUACUUUUGAAUCUGUGUUUGUUUUGUUUAUAUGCUGUAACUAUAGAAUUGUACAUUUUAUUUUACUUGAACUGUAUAAUGUAAUAAAUAUAUUAAUUUUAGAUGUUAUCUUUUUUUCUUUUUACUAAAUGACAACUGAGAUUCUUCAUAUGGUUUCAUUUUUUUCUGAUUCUGUCAGGCAGCAACAAAAAAUGGUGUAAUAGUGUGAUCUCAUGCUGUGUGAGAUUUGAUUGGUUUAUUGCUCCCUGCUGACGUGGAGGUAAUGAUGGAAGGGUGUUGACUUUGUGAGCUGUAGGUGGCCAUCAGCAGCAAUUCUGAUCACUCGUUCACAGGCUGUCAUCUAUGCCCAGUUACUGAGUCAACUGUUGAAUCGUUAGCUUGCAUUCAUCUGUAUGUAUUUGCUGUACAGUUCAUAAAGAUAAUCAGAAUAGCUAUAUGAACAUUAUUUUCUCAUUUGUUCCAGUAUAGACUCAAUAAUGUGAUGAACGCAAUCCAACUCAGUUGUUGCUUAGUAAUGUUAUAUAAUCUAACCUAAAUACUACUGUACAUCUCAAGUAACCUAUCCUGUAAAUAAGAUUUGUCUAUUGUCUAUUAAGGGUGAGUGUUGCUCAUUGAUUGUAAUGAUUAUGCAAUUCCCAGUAAACUGCUUGUUUUUCAUUUAA